AUGACGUACCUAACAGAGGUCUUAGGAAAGGCAAAUGACUUCAUUAGAGGAGAGAAAUUCGACAAAGCGGCUAAUGCUAAAAGGCCGACAGCAGCAGAAAAGGAUAAGGAAAAAGAAAAAGAUAAGGAACGCCGGGACGACAAAUAUCGGAGAGAAGAGAACAAUUCUGUGAAAAAAGGUUUUGAGGGCCGACCAGACAAAUAUCAUAACUAUACCACACUAAAGAUAUCUCGGGCUCGGAUAUUCGAGUUGCACAGUAAAAAUGAUAAGUGGCAAAGGCCCAGGAAAAUAUAUUACAAGUGCAGAGAUAAGUCUAAGUGGUGUGAGUUUCACAACGAUUACGGCCACAAAACAGAAGACUGCAAAGACCUUAAGGACAAGAUAGAAGACCUCAUCAGGAGAGGUUACUUUACCCAGUACCAAGCAAAGGUUGAUCGCAAAUCUCCACCUAGGGAAGAUGAGAAUAGCAGCAAGAGACCGGUAAAGGACAGGAUCACUGAGAUCCAUGUCAUAAGUGGAGGACCAACAAGGGGUGGUAGCAUCCACGGAGCUAAAGCUAGUCUGAAGGAAGUUCGACACCAGGUGAACUAUAACAACACCAGAAAGUGGCCGGCACCACCUCCGACGCCGUCUGUGGCUUUUACCUCAGAAGACGCCAAAGGGAUCAUAUAUCCCCAUGACGACCCUUUGGUAAUAUCCCUGCAGAUAUCAACUGCAAUGGUUCAUCGCGUGCUAGUAGAUGGGGGAAGCUCUGCUAACAUCCUCUACAAAGAAACAUUCGAGAAAAUGGGUUUCGAUAGGGAAUGCCUGAAACCGGUAUCUUACCCGGGGCAUCUGUCGUCCUAG